UCCUUACCGCGAUAGAAGUAGAUUAACAUUUGCUUGUAUUUGAUAUUGAUGAGGAUGCGGAGCAACCGACAGUCAGGCAUGUGAUUUACCUGGUGCUCUUACUACGGAAACCGAUGUAGCAUUUAACCACAUUUACUGAAAAAGAUGCGGACAACCUUCAUCGAGUGGAUUGUAUGCACAGUGUUAUGGGGCCUGUUUGGCAGUCGUUUUAUAUCGGGAACUCAUGAUCUAGAUUGGUGUGAAUUUGAAUUCCAUAUGAAUAAACUGGAUUGGGCAGGUGCGCAUGCAGUUUGCCGAGAGACUAAUAAGAAAUUAGCAAGAAUUAAUGGGUCGUCCCAACAUGCCUACCUGACGAGCUUGUUCGCCACCAGUAUGUCGUUGAUUGCGGUCGGACUGACAGUUGAACCGACCUUUUGGAUUGGACUACAUCACGAUGCUCAAGGUUCUCUGCGCUGGGCCGGAUGUGACGAGUUUACGUCACAGGCGGACUAUGGCCCGGUGGUGGAGGACGCAGGGCCAGGCUGUUUCCUACUGGACACACGGAAUACCCAGUACACAACAGAAGCCUGUCAGGAAUCAAAACAUUUCCUUUGUCAGGCAGACGAUAUCGACGUUGAAUCCUGUUUCACCCUGACUCAUAACGUAGCAGAUAUGACGUACGUUCCCCAGGCAACCUAUAGAAGUAAGACCUACUCGAGUGACUGCUUCGACCUCUGUACAGGCCCAUGUCUAGGAUUCAAACAUGACACCAAUGCCCAUAAAUGUUCCAUGAUGCUCCGUGGUAUUGGCGGGAAAAGCGGCCAGAAGGGGGUGCUAUAUAUAAAAGGACUUCUGAAACUCGAUGAUCAUGGAGAUGUCAGCGCCCCGUAUCUUCCGUCUGACUUCUGCUCUGAGGAUAUAUCUGACGUCACAAGUACCUCGUCUGACAUUAUGGUGAUUUCUUCAGUUGACCCUUCCUCAUCGUGCUGGCUGGAGAGUUCGGGCUCUGAAUCUUCUGAACUACAGACGUCAAGUCGAGGCAUCUUGGACUCGUCCCAUUCAGAGACACCACAAUUGAGUACCACUGAUGGAGGAAUCAACACUUCCCCUUCAGAUACUGACACAGGUAUGUGUUCCACGUCUUCCGCCUACGUAUCAACUUCGACGUCUCUUACGUGUUACUGCCCAUGUGGUGACGUCACGAACACAACAAUUACACCUAAACAACUGGAAUCCAAAAUAAAUGAAAUAAAACAGACGCUGACGGUUAGUAAGAAAGCUACGUCGUCAUGGAAGAGGAAGUUAGUUAGUACACCGGAUGACCGUGUGUCUGCGCAGAGUAUCGGAUAUAUCGGGGCUGCCAUCAUGUGUUCCAUUGCGGCUAUAAUGAUCAUCAUGGAUCUCCCGAGACUGGGUGGAGAUUUCAAACGAUUCGUCAGAUCUGUGUUCUCUAGUCGUGUCCAGAACUUCGAUACUGAUCCGCUACCGAAAUGAUCUUACAUACAGUAACCAAACAGAACAUUUUCAUUCUGUGCUGGUCACCUAUUGCUAUUAUUGUGAUUUUAUAGCUUGUUCACCAAGCUCCAUCUACUAAGUAAAAAAUGACGGAGGAUAAAAGGACGUGCCAGUGGUUGUAAAAUGUGUUCCUUACGAAGGAUGAAGAAGUGUUACAUUAAUUCACUUUCAUUCAAACAAUUAUUGAAAACAAUUUACACGAUCAAAAAACAGUUAUCUCCUGAUAAGCUCUAUUUUGCUUUUCAAUGUCAUUUUAAAUCACUAGCAAUCACACGAAGCAAAAAGCUUAGCAAACAGUUUGAAUAUCAUGUGUAUCAAAAUUAUCUGUUUAUUUUGAAGGUUGUUUCGAAAAAAUAUAUUUCACAAUUUGUAAACUUUUCGAAUAUUGCAUUAGACUAAAAACAACACACAGAAUCAAUCAUCCCAAACCUGACAAGCACUUUCCAGAACUGGUAAACCCAUUUUCGUCCAGUGUUAAAAUCACCCUUCACAUUUGGUUAAUGCUUAUUAUUCGUUUCUUAAUAUUCGCUGUAAUGAUUAAAUCACCCACAUUACGAGAAUCGAAAAGGUAAAAGUUGCACAGCGGCCAAUAUUUCAAGAUAUGCAGUAUAUAUUUGAUGCUUCAGCAAGCAUUGUGCUAAACAGUAUGCAUGACUAAUCUAUUACUGUAUCAAUUAUCUGUUGAGACUGGUGUCAGUUACAUUAUCUUUGCUAUACUGUUUGUCUGUGUUAGUAUGAUGCUCUAACACUGCUUGCUAAACAACAUGUUAUUCGUUUUACGUUUUAUAUAGAUAACAAUCCAUAAAUAAACUGAAGAUUGAGAGAGCCACUGGGGUAUCAGUUUGUUU